AUGGCUGAUCAGGCUGAUAUCUCGCGACACUCUCAUCCGCUCAGCGGUAUUGUGAUAUGCUGCACUUCUGUGCCUGCAGAGUUCCGCGUCAGUAUUUUGCCUCUGAUUUCGUUCUCACUUUUCCUCUUGCCCUCCUCCCUCCCCUUUUAGCUGACAAUUUUACUUUUGCUUCGCAACAGACGGCCCUAGCCAAGAAGGCCGUAGAUAUGGGAGCUCGACAUGUACUGGACCUGACCUCCGAUGUUACCCAUCUUAUCUGUGCCGACCUCGCCACGCCGAAGUAUAAGUACGUUGCGAGGAUGAGAGCUGAUGUGCGAGUCAUGGAGGUGGAGUGGGUGGAUGCGAUGUACGAUUUGUGGAUUAAUGGCGAGGACAUCAACCCUACAGAUUUCAACGAGAAAUACAAAUUCCCUACUUUCCAUGGGUUGGCUAUCUCGCUGACUGGGAUUCAAGAGCGUACGUUCAUAUAUAUAUAUGUUUUAGGGAGGGGGCAUAUUAUUUGGCUGACCUUUUUGCUCUGAAUGCCACAGUGAGGGAACGGAAAAAGAUCGAGGACAAUGUGAGAUUACACGGAGCUUCGUACCAUCCUGACCUGACAAAGUCGGUAUCACACCUCGUUGCUGCGAUCGCCUCUGGUAGGGAGUACGAAUUUGCUAGGAACAAUAGUAUCAGCAUUGUUACGGUUGAAUGGCUGUACGACAGUUUAGAGCGAGGAAUGGCGUUGGACGAGAGCUUCUAUGAUCGAGAACUACCUCGAGAGAUGAUCGGUGUUGGCGCUAAACCUUCAGCGACGGUACCGUCUGGGGAGGUAAGUCCGGCCAUUUUUGUUUCUUCCUUGUGGCCGGGAAGCUCAUCCUUUGGGUGUAGAAGGUCGAAGUUUCGGAAAAGCGCAAGAUACGAAAGAGAGCGGAGGAUAUGCUGGGAAGCGGAAGCCAGCAGAUCUGGAGCGAUAUCAUGGGACAAGCUGCUAAUCCAAAGCCGAAGAAACGGGAUGAAUGGGGGGAUGAUCCGGGAGAUGAUGUCAUCAUGCUGGACUACCCGCCACAGAGGCCCCAGAAAAGGGGGCCUGUGGAAGCCACUGGAGGUAAAGCGAGGGGCAUAAUGUCUGCUGUUACAUUCUACAUUCAUGGUUUCAAGGAUAAGCAUGUUAGUCUGAUCAUUUCCCCGUUGGACACUCUAAUGAGGAACAUGAGCUCAUAUAGUAUAUCUUCUAGGAGAAGACUGUCCGUAGCGUGCUGUCAUCCCAUGAUGCUACGGUAGUUUCUAAAUUCGAGGAUCUUGAAUCAUAUCGGGAAUCUUCGAGACUUAUCAUCAUAGUUUCUCACACGAUUUCUAAACCAGAUUGCCCCGAGUUUCCUGGUGCGAAGGUUGUUACAGAGUGGUGGCUCGAGACUUGUUUAUACGAGUCCCGGUUCGUAGAGCCAUCUGAGCACUUUACGAAUACCCCCUUUGAGGAAUUUCCCCUGACAGGUGCGUACUGGCGAAUGUCAUGUAUCGGAGUCUGACGUCCGUUGUAGGGCUCUGGGGGAUGGAUAUUUGUCUCACGUGCUUUACUGGUAUCAAAUUGUUGCACUAUCAAAAUCUGAUUACCUUACUGGGUACGCUCUAUUGCUGGGAAUAGCUUGAAUAGAGUAAGACUAACCCGCAAGGUAUAGGGGGAAGCUUUCACGAUGUGCUCGGGAACGAGCGAACCUUACUUAUAUCCAACAGGCCAGCAACUGGUGACAAAUUACAAUUUGCACUCCGAUACGAUAUCCCUGUGGUCUCGGAUGAUUGGCUGGAAGCAUGUGUCAAGGAGAGGAGAGUAGUAGCUUUCACAGAUUACCUUAUACAGGGCCAGGGGCUGGCGAACCGAGCGCACGGCAUGACUU